AUGACUUACGAUAUACCUUGCGUAAACUUAGGAUCAGACGAGAAGGCAUCGCUGUUAAGUAAGGAGCCCGUGAUCACCAGUGGCGAAGACGUCUCUCGUUAUCUAGUCGACACUCGGGAUGAUCACGAUCCUGCACUGACAUUCAGAUCGCUCUUCUUGGGUACCAUAUUUGCCGGCUUAGGUGCUGCUCUAUGUCAGAUAUAUCUGUUCAAGCCAGUGCAGGUCACCGUAUCGACCGUAUUCCUGCUUCUCCUUAUAUAUUCCGUUGGUAUGGCAUGGGCCAAAUUCCUCCCCCGAGGAUCUUUGGUAGAAGGCACGCGAUUUGCGCCGUUAAAGCCUAUCCUCGAUUUUGUAAACCCUGGGGAAUUCAGAAUUAAGGAACACGUCAUUGCCUCGCUAGUAGCUUCUACGGCAUCAGGCGGCAGCACUGCCGUUAUGAACUUCGCUGUUCAACGGCUAUACUAUGAUACAAACGUCGAAGCCACCACCGCCAUUCUCGCAACAUUCUCGACCGCUUGUUUCGGUUACGGACUGGUCGGAUUAUUACGGCCACUGACAGUCUAUCCUAGUGAGAUGGUCUAUUGGGUUAACCUGCCUACAGUGUCGAUAUUCCAAGCUCUCCACUUUGACUCUCACGCUAACGCCCGGCGGGUGAAGCUAUUUUGGUCUGCUUUCACUAGCAUGUUUUGCUAUGAGGUCAUCCCGUCGUACAUAUUCCCUCUGCUCAAUGGUGUCAACGUAAUCUGUCUAGCUACGCAACGGGUGUCUCCCAAGGCCCAGGACGUGAUCACGAACCUCUUCGGAGGCACAGAUGGGAACGAGGGACUCGGGCUUCUGAGCCUGUCAUUUGAUUGGCAAUAUAUUACGUCAAGCUAUAUGAGCCUACCGCUCAUUCAACAAGCCAAUUCAUGGAUAGGAUUUGUAUUUUGUUAUGGUAUAGUCAUGGCCAUCUACUACUCGAAUGCCUGGAAUUCGCUUGCUUUCCCGAUGUUAUCGACGUCUCUGUUCUCCUCGAAUGGGUCGAUCUACGACCAGGCGGCCGUGUUCGGUUCUACGGGGCUGCUCAACGAGACAGCCUUGGGCGAGGUCGGUCUUCCUGCCCUUACAGGCUCGAAUGCGUGGACCAACCUGGUAGCCAACCUUGCUAUCGGCGGCCUCAUCGCGCACGCGAUACUGUUCUGGGGCCCGUAUGUCGUGCAGUCGUUCAAGCAGGCACGCACCAAGACGCAGCCGGACCCACACUGGCAGGCAAGCGCCAUCAUGAAUCGCGAUUACAAGGAAGUGCCCUGGUACUGGUAUCUCGGCCUCCUGCUACUAGCGUUUGUUUCCGGCCUCAUCGUCGUGCUCAAGGGUCAGACGACGCUGCCAUGGUGGUCGUACAUCACGGCGUUGCUCCUCGGUGCGUUCGUCACGCCGUUCUCGACGCUCCUGUACGCACGCAUGGGCAACGGCGUCGCGACGCAACAGCUGAUGAAGAUGGUCGCGGGCGCGAUCAACCCUGGGCGACCCGUCGCAAACCUCUACUUCUCCAUGUGGAGCCACGACGUCGUCGGCACGUCCAUCGGGCUCGCGGGCGACCUCAAGGUCGGACAGUACCUCAAGAUCCCGCCGCGCGCGAUGUUCGUCACGCAGGUCUGGGGGACUAUUCUCGCUGUCAUGGUGUCCAUCGUCGACUCGCAGCGCACGGUGCUGAAGGACCCGAUCGGGACAGACGUCUGGAGCGGGCAGUACGUGCAGUCGCUCAACAGCGCCGCGAUAACCUGGUCGCUCGCGAAGCAGCUCUACGGGCCCCACGGGCCGUACAUCUGGGUCCCGCUCAGCCUGCUCUUCGGCAUGGUGCCGACGGUCCUGCAGUGGUUCGUCGCCAAGCGCUGGCCGCGGCUGGGGGCCCUCCGCACGGAGUCGAUCAUCCUGCCGCUCAUCUACCAGUACUCGGCGGGCAUGACGUCCGGGACGACGUCCCCGACGACGUCGAUCGUGCUCGUCGGCCUUGCGUCGCAGCUCUGGCUGCGGCGGUACCACCCGGGGUGGUUCCGGCAGUACAACUACAUCCUCGGUGGCGCGCUCGACGGUGGCGCGCAGGUGAUGAUAUUCAUACUGUCGUUCGCGGUCUUUGGCGCGUCCGGCCAGCCGCGGCCGUUCCCCGCGUGGUGGGGGAACCCGGCAGAGGGGAAUGUCGACUAUUGCAACGGGAACGGCGCGCUGGGCUGA